GAACUGAUGUGUGUAGGUGUGCACGCAAGUUUACGAUAUUCAGACUUUGGGUGGGAAUCGUAGCCGCAGCAGCAGUUUUCCAGCGAGGAAGGUGCUGGCGGGCAUUAUUAUCUGUGGUUUUGUCUGUACUAUCGGGCAGCUUGGUGGUGUGAGAACGGGCACCGCCAGCCUUGCCGCACCACUCGCUUCUAUAACAUCGCCGUACAGCGUUUUGCCCGCAGUCUCAUCACGUGCAAACGGGGGAGGGGGCGGCCCUCCGCGCUGUCGCGUGCGUAGGGUUGGGUUGCGUACGCGGCAGCAAUGAGACGACUACACAGUUGCUGCGGCUGCUGCUGGUGGUAGUGCUGCUGCUAUAACUACGACUGCCCUUUACCUCUGCCGCUGCAUCCUGAGCACUUUUCGGCCUCUCCGUGCGUUCAUGGCCUUUUGUGUCGCCAGCCCUGUGCCGCAGAGGCAGCAGGAGGAGACUGUCGAGACCCGCAGCGACCGGCGCCUCCAACAGACGCUGCCCCUGAGGAGUGUGCGACGAGGAGUCUGGACAGAGAGAGAGGACGCUUCGGUCUUGGUCGUGGACAUCGUCCUGGUGGUCCUCGUGUACUCGUCGCUGUGCUUCCGGCGAUUUAAAGAAACAUUCACUGCGACUGAGGAUGGCAUCGUUGCUGGCCAUGUUUGUCGGACGCAGUAUACCAACUCGAGGAUACAUCGCGGGCAAGCCUGUGUCCAGGUGGGAAGCCUCCGAUUCCGACAACAUCGACAUCGAAUAUAAAAACCUCGAUCGACCCGGACGACAAGCGUGGUGUGGAGAAUGUUUCUCGGGCCCCAAGGGCUUGGCCCUGAAGGCCCUCAUCCUUAUCGUCAUCUUUUGCUUCGGACUCGUCUUCGGUUACGUCAUCAGGAAGGGAACCUGUCCGGGGGAGUCGAAACCCCUGGUGGCAGUUGACGACGGCUUUGUUCCUAUUCAACAGGACUAUGAUGAUGAAAUCAGACAGCAGCUACAAGAAAGAAUUAGCCAUCCUCUGAAUUUAGAGGACAGUAUCAAGACAAUUACAAAGCACUUGCCACUGUCUGGUGUGGGCCAGACCAAUCAUCUGCUGUACUACACACGCAACAUGUGGGCAACGUUCCAUCUGGACACGGCCACUGUUCGAAACUACAGUGUGCAGCUCAUGUAUCCCAACUACACCAUGGAAGGUGUGAACAAAGUGUCCAUUGUAACAGACAAUGAAACACUUUUUGAAACACAAACAAAUGAAACAAAUAUUCAUCCAAACUACCUGCCUUUCAACGCCUAUUCUCAUUCAGGUCAUGUGCGGGGCCCAUUAGUGUAUGGACAUUAUGGCCGGAGGGAAGACUUUGACAAGCUUAAAGAGUUGCAGGUGGACGUUAACCAAACUAUCUUGCUGAUUCGCUAUGGGAAGAUACACCCCAGCAACAAAGUACAACAUGCAGAGAGAGAGGGCGCACUUGGUGUCAUCUUGUACCCAGAUCCUUAUGACUAUGUAGGCAAGCACUCUGGCGAUGGAAGCAGCGGAUAUGAUACCUCCGGCACCUGGUGGCUUCCUGGAGAUGCUGUUGUCCGCUCAUCUGUUAGAUACUGGAUGUCAGGGGAUCCUCUGACACCUGAUUAUCCAUCUGUAGAUGAUCUUCCACGGUUGUCCAACAGCCAGGACUUUCUCACAAGUCUUCCUGUGUUUCCUGUCUCAUACAAUGAUGCAAAGCGACUCAUGCAAAAUCUGAGUGGGCGGGAUGUCCCAUCAGACUGGGUUGGAGGCUUGAAUGUUACCUACAAGACAGGUCCUGGCUACAUUGUCAGUAACCAGGAACUCCCAAGUGAGGUGGAUUUGAAUGUAAAGAAUGAGUUUCUUUUCCGAGAAAUCCAUAACAUUAUGGCAACUAUCCAUGGGCAGUACGAAAAAGACCACUACAUCAUCAUUGGCGCCCACAUUGAUUCAUGGACUAUGGGCGCCAUUGAUGCAGGGACUGGCUAUGCAGCUCUCAUGGAUCUUAUUCGUACCUUUUCAGACCAAAGGCAGACAGGGUGGCGACCACGAAGGACCAUAAUUUUUGCUGGAUGGGAUGCUUCCAAGUAUGGUCAUAUUGGAGCUUAUGAAUGGGUCCAGGAAUAUGAGGAGCAACUAACAUCAGGAGCUGUAGCCUAUAUUAACUUAGAUGCAGCUGUGAGAGGCAAUUAUACUUUUUAUGCUGAGUCGAACCCUCUGCUGUAUGACAUCAUCUAUGAAGCAACAAAAACAGUGCAGUGUCCAGAUGGCGACCACAAUAAAACUGUUUAUGAUGAGUGGCAAGAGCGCCUGAAGGACAGCUCAUUUUCCACUGAACAUCCUUGGAUUGCUAACUUAUCAGGCGACAGUGAUCACAGUCCUUUUCAGUAUCGCAUUGGUGUGCCAGCCAUGUCUACUGCCUUCACAUACAAUAUCAAGGAGUACCCUGAUCUUCCAUCUUACCCAGUCUAUGCCACCCUAAACGACACUCAAGAAUACCUACAGACUUACAUUGACCCCACCUUCAAUGUGACAACAGCUUUAGUGAGAGUGCUGUGUGACAUCAUCCUUCGCCUUUCUGACAGUGCCAUACUGCCUUUCAAUGUCACUGGGUACCAGCACAUCAUGGAGAGGGGAAUGAGGGGGCUCAAACUGUAUGAGUCGCAGCUUCAAGAUGCAAAUCUUAGAUUAGAUCUCCUUUCAUCUGCAGUUAAUAAUUUCACAUCUACUACAAGAGAGUUCCAGAACAAACUGGCAUCAAUAGAGAAAAGAAAUAUGAGUGAAUUUGAAGCUCAGUUUUUGAAUGACAAACUGAUUCGGUUAUCACGAGCCUUUAUACACUCUGGUGCUGUAUUAUCGCAGCCACAAUACAGAAAUGUUUUGAUAGCACCACAUCCAGAAAAUCUGAAUGAAGAAAUCAUUUUCCCUGGCAUAAUUAAUGCACUUCUUCAAGCAAAGGUAGACACCACCGACAGAUGGAAAGAAGAAGUCCGAAAACAGUUUGCAGUUCUUGUUGUCUGCUUGCAAAGAGCAAGAAAUAUUGUCACAGAAAGUUACCCCACAGAGUCUCUUUAAAAUUGUUUUUGUAUUGUGCAGCAAUUUUGGAUGGGACAAAUAAGAAAACUUUUUUAAAUGAGAAUUGUUAAUAAUAUUCUGACUUUCAAAUUGUUUGAAUAAAAAUAAAUUAUGCAUUAGUAAUAUGUUCAGAAAUUCCUUUUCAGCAUACCUUAAUAUUUUAAUAAUUAGACUGAUCACACUUGGUUGUUUUAACACAUUGCUACAUGGUACCUAAGGGAAAUGUUUGAGGUUUGCCAGGAACAAAUAUUUGAAUUCUUAUUUAACUGUGUCCUGUUUGAAGGAUUCCAGACUUUCUCAUUUCCUUGGGUAUAUACAUCUGCAUAUUUUUGAUUUUCUUCUUGUUUUUUGGGGAAGAGGUUGUCCAAUAAGACAUGCAAAGACAGAUGUGGACCUACUGCUGGAAUGGAAAGUAAUAUACAAGCCAAAAGUGACUAUGUAGAUGUAUUUGCCAUAACUGCUGGACCAGCAUAGCAAAACAGUUCUGUUUUCCACAAAAGCUGUGUUUGGUUAAGCUGGAACUAACAGCAAAUCUGUUUUUGUUUUCUGUAAGGAUUGUGUUUGUUUAAAGCUGGAGAAACCAUACUACUUACCCCACACUUAAUGAUCUUGUUAAAUUUGCUUGUAAGUGAAAACCAGCUAUGCUGUAUGGUUUGUUUCUUAGUUCGGUUUGAGAAGCUUGUUUGUUACAUGUGUGGUUGUGUUGAACUUAAUACAAAUUGGAGUUGCAAAGAGAUUUGUGUUGUAAGCUUUGAUCCCAGUUGGAACUCGUUUGCUUCUGCAGAAGGGCAGCUCUGGUGAUUGUGCUAUGCUUUGUGUAUGAUAAAUAUAUUUUGCUUAAUUUAAUCUAAGAAUUUAGCUCCAGCCCAAAAAUGCAUCUCUAAAUACCUGCUGAAGGUUUUUUGGGGUUUUUUUUGUCAGUCCUGCAAAAGAUAUUCAUUAUGAAGAUGACAUUGCAGUUUUUCUCCAUUUUCUUACUAGUGUUUCACAAAUGAGCCCAGCUGCAUUUCUAAACUGCUUCUCUUUUAAGAUGUUAAAGGGAUAAACAAAACUGCCAAAAAAAAAGCCUGAAAAUGGGGAAAACAAUGUCCAAAUAUUUAUCACCCAUCAGUCUUUCUGUCUUGAAAAGUUAAUGUACAAUAUUUAAUAUUUUAGUCAUUUUCUACACUAAAUAUUUUACUGCUGAGUAGUACUCACUGACAGAUGAGCACUGCUUAAUGCAGAUAAUGUCAAUCUCAUUUAAGACAGUCAGGUUUUGUCCUCUAUUUUAUUAUGUAGUCACAGCCUGCUGUUAUGUCGACAUCUUUAUGUAGAAAAUUUAUUUUCAUGUUAUCUUUCAUGAAGUUGAAAAAAGUUUAAACUGUUUCCUCUUGGUAUCAAAGGAUAAACCUUGAUCUGAAGUUUUUACAGUUUUGUUACCUCAGCAUUUAUAUGUAUAUUGAGAUUCACAACCUUUGUGAAAUUCAAUAUACAGGGAGGAGCUUUUUUAAAAUUUUUUACAAUUGAUCUUCUAGUUAAAAUUUUUGUGUUCUUUAGUUAUAUGCUUUCUUAUUGCUGUAAAAAUGUUUACCAUACCACUGUGUACAUAAAGCUGUUACGUUUGUUAAACAUUUCCUUCCUGGUUGGGGCUGAAAUAGUUUAACAAACAUAUCAAAACGGAGGAAGAGAAAUAUAUACCAUGUGGGGGAGAGGUUUUUAAACUAGGAAAGCAAGAUCAUGGGAUCUUUAGAUAGUUUCCCUCCCUUUACCUCCAUUCACAUUUUUUUUCAUGAAAGGUAAGAGAUAAGAAAUGUAAACAAGAACAAUAUCCACUUAAACAGUUUGGAAGACCUUUUUUCCCAUAAGAGGGUUGAUCUACAGUUAUUUCCGUCCAAAAGCAGCAAUUCAGGAUAACCAUUUUAAUCAUUUUGGCAAUCAGGUUUCUUCAGUCCAAUGUCAAGGUUGCAAACCAAACUAAGCAACACAUUGCCUAAACUAACCAUUGUAUAAAAACUGUGUUGUUGCAGUGCUCUUGUCUUUUAUUGAAGGGGUUUCUUUUUGGAUUAAACACUUAAAUUCACUAGGAAAAAAAAACUUUCACCUUUUUAAGCUUUGGAAAUUGUUGAAACAUUGUGGAGGAUGUGUUGUCUGGUGUUAAAAUUAUUGAAGAGAUGCUCAGAAUAUAACAAUUUGCAUUAAAACUGAUUUCCUGACAUGGUCCUGAUGAUGUGGAAUAUUUGUUUGAAAGCUUUUCCUUGAAUACAGAUUCUUCCUUUUUUCAUUUCCAUGCUGUAACAUUCAAGUUUACUGCUGGAUACAUAAGUUGCUUUUCAGUAAUGACCAUUUCAGCCACGUCUACCAUGAGGAGUUUUUACAUAUUUUUAAUCUGAACUCAUGCACUAAAUCAGUACCAUCAAAAGUCUUGUUUACUUCCUGAUAUAUUUUGCUAUAAUAUGCCAUUUAGAUAUUUAAUCUGUCAGAACUACAGUAUGCACCCUAUCUACAGACUGAAAAAAAUUCAGAAUUUAAUUUGAAGGAAUGAGGGUUGGAUUGCAUGCAUAGAAUAGAGGCCUUACUAACUGAACUGUGGCCACAGUGUUAAUGUUUACUGUGAAGCACCUUUCAGAAACAUUCUUAAUUUAGCAGUUAGAUAAAUUAGUCAAAAUUAUGUUAACACUAAUGGAUUAUUUUUCUCCAUUUAAGUAUCAACUUUUUUUUUUAAUACUUACCCUAAAAAUCGUGUCAUUUUUAGGGUACAUCUUAGAUGCAUUGCAUUCAAGAUGAAUAGAACAUUUUUUAAAUUGUAUUUAUAUAUUUAUAAGCAUAUACAUGUAUAUAGUGGUUAGAAAAUUCUAAUAUUCUGAGUAAGUGUGGAAGAUUAUUAUAGUCACACCACAGAUUUGUGGGCUUGAAUUCAGAACUAACUGCAGAUAACUUUCGUUUGGUCUGAUUUUUACGUUGCAGUCUCAAAUUUCGUCCUUUUUCACUACAGUUGACCCUGGUGUGUUUCAUAUAAUUGUGAAUGUGUAGCGCACAAAAUCGGAUUUUAACAUUGGUUUUUUUUUAUUUUUCCCCAUUGUUGCUUUUGUUAGUGCUUAUGUUUAAAACUGUUUAUACUAAGGCCAGCUUUAUACACUGAUAUUUUGUUCUACUCCUGCUAUGUUGAUAAUUAUGUUUCCAUACCAUUUAAUAUUCCAUAUAUUUCAAAACCAUUUGACACAACUCCAUUCCUGUACAUUGUGAUAUUCAGCAGCAAAAGGCUGAUGGUUAAUUUUUAUUUUUAAAAAUCUUAGCUGUGCACCAAACAAAACAAAAAUGUCGAAGAUUUUAUUAUUGAUUCUAGGGAAGUAUUUUGCUAUGUUUUUCAUCAAGAACAGGAGGAUUCUUUGUCAUCAUACUUUAACUAUUGUGGGUUAACAGACUGGCUUUAACUAUCCACCUUUGCUGUCAUGCAACCUUUGCUCUCUGACUAUUGACACAAUAUGCACUGUACUAAGCAGUACUCUAAGUGAAAAUACUCUUUUAAUCAAAGUGACUUUUGCAAAAUCUCAUGCUCUCAUUUCUUAUAACAACUAUAAAAGUGUACAUUUUUCUCUGCAUUCUGUUUUGCAAUCAACUUGUUGACAUUUCAUACUCUGUGGUGCGCAUUACUGCCUCAUUGACAGAAACAAAAUCUCAAGUCUUCCUUCUUCUAAUUCUGUUAACUAUGGUUUGCUUUUUUUUAGUUCAUGCUGUUGAUGAGUGCUAGAAAACCAAUGUGCUGCCAUCAGGUUAGACAAUACCAAAAAUAUUAUUUAAAAAAGAAGUGUUAAUUGACCCUAAUUUGCCUGCACAUACAGAGAGCUUGUUUGUGUGUACAAGCUGUUUGGUGCCAUAAAGAAGUGAAGUGACCUUUGUGUAUUAUGUUGACAUGCAAUAAAUUAAUUCCCCCUGGAAGAAAAUCAUUGAGAUCUAUAUUUUACUUUGUCAGCCAAGUGUCUAACUUUGUGCAGAACUAAAGAAAUCAAGUGGAAGUGGGUUUACUUUUCAAAGCCAAAGAAAAUUGCUUAGAAUAAUAUCUUGCUCUAAUGUUACUUGACGUGGGACACAUCAAGUGCAUAUAUUAAAAAUGAAAAUUUUCUGAGGCAAAGAACAAUCUAGACUUACGAAGCAACUAUAUUUGCUUAGUUGAUGGUGGUUUUCUUAAAUACCAGAAUGUUAACACAGGGUUUGCACAGAAAACAAAGACUAAGGCUAAUACAACAUUACCAUUGUCAUAUAAUUUUAUGCAUAUUUUUUUUAUGUUUCUUACAUGGAUGCAUGCGUGUAUAAAUGUAUGUGUGUGUACACAUAAGGAUUUAUUGUUUUCCAUUCAUUUAGAAAUCUUAGUACUUUUUAUGUAAGACAGUGACCAACUAUAUUAUUUAGCUCUGUGUUAUAUGUUGGUUUGACAAAUUUAAUUCCAGCUUCGUGCUAAGUCCUUUGAGCAUGUGUUGGAGAGAUGAGGGGGUGGUUCUGUAAUUUCUUCUUGUUCUAAUCACCCCCAGUGGAGCAUAGGGCCGCAACUACACCAUACGCCAUCAGAUCUGGUUCUGAGAUCCCUUUCCAGUUGGGACAGUAAUUUAGUUGUCUUCACAAAAAAAAGUUUUUAAAUUUUGUUUUGAGGGGCUAAGGAGUAACACUUUUCAGUUUUGUGGUGUGGAGGUGGUUGGCUGUGAUUUUGCUAGUUUUGUUUAUCUAAAUUUUAAAGGUUUUUUUCUCUUUUGUUUAGUUGACAGACUGCAGUUUGCUGUUUGGAGUCUACAUUUUCAGAUGAGAUGAAAAUUGUAUAUUUCUCAAGCUCUGUUUAUGGUGAAUGUUUCCCAUUUCUGUUUGUGAAGUAUCUUUUAUAUUUAUAACUAUGAUAUUCAGGAUCUAAGAAUAUGAAUCAGCACUAUUUGGACUAUUGGACAGCUGUUAAUUUGAAGAGGAGAAAAAAUUGUUUUCCUAUUUGCCAUGUGUUGGAGACUGACAUUUUCACAUACUGCAAAUAGAGUUAAGGAUAUAUUUUGAAGUUAUCUAAACCAUUAUUUGAGGUAGCAACACUAGGUGCAUGCACUUACACAUGCACAAAGUUGUUAAGCAAUGCCCUUGUAGAUUUGUGAGGUUGUGAAAACUAUAGAGUGGUAGAGAUGAUAAACUGUCUUGACCUAUUUAUGUCUGUGCUUCUCAUACCUGAGUAUGAAUAAAGAGCGACUGAAAAUGUUA